AUGGGAAGCCCGUUGGCUCCUAUACUUGCACAUCUAUAUAUGAGUGAACUAGAAGAAAAUAUUAUCAAUUUUACAGGAAAGAAACCAUCCGUAUUUUAUAGAUAUGUUGAUGAUAUUUUUAUGAUAUUUCAUGGAACACAACGAGAAAUUGAUCUGUUUGUUAAAUUCAUGAAUAAUAUUGAACCUACAAUUAAAUUCACUUUAGAAAUACAAAAAGAAAAUAAAUUACCAUUUCUUGAUGUCAUGAUAGAAAGAAAUAAUUUGGAACUAAUCACAUACGUUUACAGAAAACCUACAGAUACAGGUCUAUAUCUUAGAUGGACCAGUAAUCAACCUCGUAAUUAUAAAAUUAAUUUAAUUAAGUGUCUAUGUACUCGUGCGAAAAGAAUAUGUUUAUCUGAUGAUCUCUUUAAACAAGAAUUAGAAUAUUAUAAGAGCAUUUUCAUCACGAAUGGUUAUCCUAUUAAUGUCAUUAAUAAAACUAUACGUAAUAUUGAAUUAAGUAUUACAAAGAAAAAACCAAUUCUGAAUAUAAAAAAAUAUUCAUUUCAGUUCCUUUUUAUGGUGAAUGUUCCUUAG